UUCCAUACGGUGGAGUGGGUUCAUUUCAGAGUACAAUCGCGCAAAUGAGUGACAAUGAACGCACUGGACCAGCGGCCGACGAUGAACUCUCGCUUCCAAAAGCUACGGUGCAAAAGCUCAUAAGUGAAAUGAUGCCUGGAGAUAUUGUUUGUGCUAAAGACACCCGCGAUCUUUUAAUUGAUUGCUGCGUAGAAUUUAUACACCUUAUCGCAUCAGAGGCAAACGAAAUAUGUGAAAAAGAGACCAAGAAAACUAUAGCAGGAGAGCACGUUAUAUCGGCACUACAAACUUUAGGUUUUGAAGACUAUGUUGAGGAGGUGGAUGAAGUAUAUAAAGAGCACAAGAAGCAGCAAAAGGACCGAGAUAAGCGAAGUACACGGUUGGAAAAUUCGGGCAUAUCAGAGGAAGAGCUUUUGCGACAGCAAGAGCUCUUGUUUGAGAAAUCGCGACUCAAGUUUGAAGCGCAAAAUCAGUGAACAUAAUUCUAGAAACCAUAGUUAGCCAGCGCAUAAUAUCAAUUUAUUUCUUUUCCCUUUCUGCCGUGCCAGAAGUUGCGCAAAAGUUCUUGGUUUUUGUGGUCGGUGAUUAUCACGC